AAGAGUUGCACCGUUUUGAAUUUGUAAAGCACUUUAAAUGGCAAACAGUUAUGAUAUACCCAGUUGGGCAGGCAAACCACCCACUGGGCUGCAUUUGGAUGUGCUCAAGGAUGACAAGCUGGUUCAAAAGCUAAUGGUUGACGAGAAACGUUGUUAUUUAUUUGGCCGGAAUAGCCAAAUGAACGAUUUCUGCAUAGAUCACGCAUCCUGUUCGCGUGUGCAUGCAGCCUUUGUCUACCACAAGCACCUGAACAUUGCCUUCCUCGUUGAUCUCGGCUCCACCCACGGAACAUUUAUUGGCAACCUACGCCUAGAGGCGCAUAAGCCCACACAGCUACAGAUCAACAGUACCUUUCAUUUUGGGGCCUCUACACGGAACUACAUAUUGCGGGAACGACCCUCAGCGGGUGGUCAGCAUAGUAAUAUUAUGGAGGAUCUGCCAAUGAGCGAGACGAGCGACGGAACUUUGCUUGGUCUCCCCGAGAGCCAAACUGAGCUGGAUAACCUGACCGAAUAUAAUACGGCCCACAACCGCCGUAUCUCAAUGUUGGGCAUUGCCGAUGACAACAAUUUACGCAAACAGAAUGCUUUAAAGCAGGGACGCAAGAGACGCAAUGUAACCUUUAACGAUGAGGAGAUCAUCAUAAAUCCCGAAGAUGUGGAUCCAAAUGUUGGACGGUUUCGCAAUCUGGUCCAAACAACUGUGGUGCCAGCGAAACGUUCACGCUAUGAACCAAAUCACAUGGGUCUUCACACAGGUACUAGUAGUGCUGCCAGUGCUCAUGCUACUCAUCAGAUGUUCCAGCAGAGCCUAGUCGAGAUGAAACAGCAGCAGCUACAACAACAGCAAAAUCAGCAACAGCAGCAGCAACAGUUGCCGACAACACCCCAAGCCGCUAGCCACUCGCCAAUCAAUUCAUUAUAUCAGGGAUUGCCAGCCAGCAGCUAUGAGCACAAAGGCAACAGCGAAUUUGAACCGAUUUCCCCACUGGCCAUUGGCUCAAAACUGGGUCUCAUGUUACCGAAUCCGGCACCAGAUGUAACGCCCACAUUCGAGGAGCCGCUGAUUCCCAGCUCGUCAAUAGCCCAAAAGUUGGCUGUGGCCAAUGCUAACGUGCGUCGCUUUGUGGAUGAUGCGCAUGAAACAAGUGGAGAGGGCGACUCAAUGUGUCCGCAGAAGAAGAAAUAUGCUAAAGAGGCGUGGCCCGGACGUAAGCCAAUGCUGGGGCAAUUGUAAACCCUGUCCCAUAAUCUUGGAUAAACACAUGCAAAUAGGGUACACAGCUAUUCCAAAUUGGAAUUUCCCUGGCGCCCUGAAUGCGAAUUAAC